AUGCAACCAGCUGACUGUCAGCAACCAAGGGCCUGUCAGUACCAGGGCCUGUCAGCUACCAGGCCUGUCAGUACCAGGGCCCGUCACCAGGGCCUGUCAGCACCAGGGGCGUGUCAGUACCAGGGGCGUGUCAGUACCAGGGCCUGUCAGUAUCAGGGCCCGUCAGUACCAGGGCCUCGACCGCCCGUCAGUACCAGGGGCCUGUCAGUACCAGGGGCCUGCCGGCACCAGGCCUGUCAGUACCAGCCUGUCAGCACCAGGGCCUGCAGUACCAGGGCCCUGUCAGCACCAGGGGCCUGUCAGCAUCAGGGGCCUGUCAGUACCAGGGGCCUGUCAGUACCAGGGCCUGGCCAGCAGGGCCUGUCAGUACCAGGGCCUGUCAGCACCAGGGCCUCGUCAGUACCAGGGGCGUGUCAGUACCAGGGCGCCUGUCAGUACCAGGGGCCUGUCAGUACCAGGGCCUGUCAGUACCAGCCCGUCAGUACCAGGGCCCGUCAGCAUCAGCCUGUCAGUACCAGGGCCUGUCAGUACCAGGGCCGUCAGCACCAGGGCCCGUCAGUACCAGGGCCUGUCAGUACCAGGGGCCUGUCAGCACCAGGGCCGUCAGCAUCAGGGCCUGUCAGCACCAGGGCCUGUCAGUACCAGGGGCCUGUCAGCACCAGGGGCCUGUCAGCACCAGGGGCCUGUCAGUACCAGGGGCCUGUCAGUACCAGGGGCCUGCCAGUCACCAGGGCCUGUCAGCAUCAGGGCCUGUCAGUACCAGGGGCCUGUCAGUACCAGGGGCCUGUCAGCACCAGGGGCCUGUCAGUACCAGGGGCCCUGUCAGCAAGGGCGGUCAGUACCAGGGCCUGUCAGCAUCAGGCCUGUCAUACCAGGGGCCUGUCAGUACCAGGGCCUGUCAGUACCAGGGCCUGUCAGUACCAGGGGCCUGUCAGUAUCAGGGCCUGUCAGUACCAGGACUGUCAGUACCAGGCCUGUCACCAGGGCCCGUCAGCACCAGCCUGUCAGUAUCAGCCCUCAGCACCAGGGCCUGUCAGUACCAGGCCUGUCAGCAUCAGGGGCCUGUCAGUACCAGCUGACUGUCAGUACCAGCCUGUCAGUACCAGGGCCUGUCAGCACCAGGGCCUGGCCUGUCAGUACCAGGGGCCUGUCAGCAUCAGGGCCUGGCCGGAAAGGGCCCGUCAGUACCAGGGCCUGUCAACAGGGCCCGUCAGUACCAGGGGCCUGUCACACCAGGGCCGUCAGUACCAGGGCCCGUCAGUACCAGGGGCCCUGUCAGUACCAGGGCCUGUCACCAGGGGCCCAGUCAGUACCAGGGCCUGUCGAGCACAGGGCCUGUCAGUACCGGGCCUGUCAGCACCAGGGCCUGGCACCAGGGCCUGUCAGCACCAGCCAGUACCAGGGGCCCGUCAGUACCAGGGGCCCUGUCAGCACCAGGGCCCGUCAGCACCAGGGCCCGUCAGUACCAGGGGCCUGUCAGCACCAGGGCCCGUCAGCAUCAGGCCUGUCAGUAUCAGGGGCCGUCAGUACCAGGCCUGUCAGUACCAGGCCUGUCAGUACCAGGGCCUGCCAGUACCAGGGGCCUGUCAGUACCAGGGGCCUGUCAGUACCAGGGGCCUGCCUGGGCACCAGGCCUGGGUUACCAGGGGCCUGUCAGUACCAGGGGCCUGUCAGUAUCAGGCUGGGCACCAGGGGCCUGUCAGUACCAGCCCAGCAUCAGGGGCCUGUCAAUCAGGGCCUGUCAGCAUCAGGGCCUGUCAGUACCAGGGUCUGUCAGUACCAGGGGCCUGUCAGUACCAGAGGCCCGUCAUACCAGGGCCUGUCAUACCAGGGGCCUGUCAGUACCAGGGCCUGUCAGUACCAGGGCCCGACAGCAUCAGGGCCUGUCAGAUCAGGGGCCUGUCAUACCAGGGCCUGUCAGUACCAGGGGCCUGUCAGUACCAGGGCCUGUCAUAUCAGGGGCCUGUCAGUACCAGGGCCUGUCAGCCAGGGGCCUGUAGCACCAGGGACCUGUCAGUACCAGGGGCCUGUCAGUACCAGGGGCCUGUCAGCACAGGGGCCUGUCAGUACCAGGGCCUGUCAGUACCAGGGGCCUGUCAGCAUCAGGGGCCUGCAGCGGUCAGGCCUGUCAGUACAGGGGCCUGUCAGUACCAGGGGCCUGUCAGUAUCAGGGGUCUGGCUGCAUCAGGGUCUGUCAGCAUCAGGGCCCUAGUACCAGGGGCCUGUCGAAACAGGCCCGUCAGUACCAGGGCCUGUCAGUGCCCCAGGGCCUGGUCAGCCAGGCCCGUCAGCAUCAGGGGUCUGUCAGUAUCAGGGGCCUGUCAGUACAGGGCCCGUCAGCAGGGCCUGUGCAGACCAGGGGUCUGUCAGUAUCAGGGCCUGUCAGUACCAGGGGCCCGUCAGUACCCAGGGGCCUGUCAGUACCAGGGGCGCGUCAGUACCCAGGGCCUGCACGUAUCAGGGGCGUGUCAGCAUCAGCCUGUCAGUAUCAGGGGCCUGUCAGCACCCGCCUGUCAGUACCAGGGGCCUGUCAGUACCAGGGCCUCAGUACCAGGGGCCUUUCAGUACGAGGGCCUGUCAACCAGGGCCUGUCAGUACCAGGGCCUAUCAGCACCCGGGGCCUUGUCAGUACCAGGGGUCUGUCAGUACCAGGGCCUGUCAGUAUCAGGGCCUAGUAUUCUCGACCAAUGGAAGUGUGUUGUAAGUAUUCUCGAUCAAUAUGAAAUGAAUAUAGACGACUCUCGACCAAUGGAAGUGUUUUGUAGAGUAUUCUCGGCCAAUGAGAGUGUAUUAGACGACUCUCGACCAGAGAAUCAGUUAAGACGACUCUCGACCCAAAAUGAAUAUUAA